CAUUACAAAUAAGUUAUGCAACCAGGGGAGUCUGCCUCCGGUACUGUGGUGGAUAACGUUUUGGUUUUCUACAACUUCACACACACAGUAAAAAUGUCCAUCUCCGUCCUUAAUCCACCGGCAUCCUGCAUUUUAAACCACCACCACCAGUUACACAAGUUUAAUGCGUCUCCGCUACCUCCCAUCAGUAUCAGUGUGUGCAAGUGCAGAAUUAGAUCCGCUGUUAUGGUUGCUGAUGAAACUUCUUCUUCACUUGAUUCAUCUCCAAUUUCUACUUCUACUUUCCCUCUUUUUCACCCCUCUUUACCUCCGGAACCUACUCCUGCUACUCAGUUGGAGCCAGCAGACCCUGAUUUCUAUAAGAUAGGAUAUGUUAGAAGUAUGCGAGCUUACGGAAUUGAAUUCAGAGAAGGCCCUGAUGGUUUUGGAGUAUAUGCCUCCAAAGACAUUGAAGCUCUUCGUCGUGCCAGGGUGAUUAUGGAGAUUCCAUUAGAACUGAUGUUAACUAUUAGUCAAAAGCUUCCUUGGAUGUUUUUCCCCGAUAUCAUACCAGUGGGUCAUCCUAUCUUUGACAUCAUCAACUCAACUAAUCCUGAGACAGAUUGGGACCUGAGGAUGGCAUGUCUUCUUCUCUAUGCAUUUGAUUGCAAGGGUAAUUUCUGGCAGCUCUAUGGUGAUUUUUUACCCGGUCCAGACGAGUGUACUAGCUUUCUUCUAGCUACAGAGGAGGACCUUUUGGAGUUGCAGGAUAAGGAACUUGCUUCCACUUUGAGAGAACAGCAACGCCGAGCUCUUGAAUUUUGGGAGAAAAAUUGGCACUCUGCCGUACCACUUAAAGUAAAACGCCUUGCUCCAGAGCCGGAGAGAUUCAUGUGGGCAUUGAGUAUAGCACAAUCUCGAUGUAUCGACAAGCAAAUAAGAAUUGGUGCCUUAGUUCAAGAUUCGAAUAUGCUUGUACCUUAUGCUGAUAUGUUAAAUCAUUCUUUUGAGCCAAAUUGCUUCUUCCACUGGCGCUUCAAGGAUCGAAUGCUUGAAGUGAUGAUAAAUGCUGGGAAAAAAAUAAAAAAAGGAGACGAGAUGACAGUUGAUUACAUGGACGGAAAGAUGAAUAACCUUUUCAUGCAAAGAUAUGGGUUUUCAUCUCCAGUGAAUCCUUGGGAUGUUAUCCAAUUCUCUGGCAAUGCACGGGUUCAUUUGGAUUCGUUUUUAUCCGUCUUCAAUAUAUCUGGUCUUCCUGAAGAUUAUUAUCACAAUAGUAAGCUAUCUUAUGACGACGAUCGGUUUGUUGAUGGGGCGGUUAUUGCGGCUGCAAGAACAACACCCACUUGGUCAGACGGAGACAUCCCUCUGAUACCAAGUUUGGAAAGGAAAGCUGUAAAAGAGUUGCAAGAAGAAUGCCAGCAAAUGCUUGCAGGAUUUUCUACAACUGUGGAUCAAGAUCAGAAAAUUUUAGAGUCUAUUCCUGAAGCUACGAGGACGCAUGAAGCUGCAAUAAAGUAUAGGUUGCACAGGAAAUUAUUCAUAGAGAAGGUUAUUCAGGCACUGGAUAUCUACCAAGAAAGGAUAUUAUUCUAAUCAUUAGACAAGGUUGUAAGAGAAUUUUGGCUCACCUCACACCUAAAAUGUCUGAAGAUUCAGUGCCUGGAAUGUCUCGUCCGUUUGGUUGCUAUGAAGUCCAGAGUUUUUGGUUUGAGCACAGAGAUAAUUAUAGAUUGGUUUGAGUCCAGAGUCGUAGUUUAUAGAGAGCAACUUCAUGUAUAAUAAUAUUAUGUAUGUUCUGUUAAGAAAUUCAAAUAGAAUUAAGGUUGCUCAUCAUCUCUA